AUGGAUUCCAACGCUGUCACAGUUGAAGGCUCUGGCCACGACGUUACAGAUGAUGAGUGCAUGCUUGAGUGUCUUCCCGAAAUGAGGAACGUGUAUUCUGCGCAUUUUAAGCCUUUUCAAGACAAGCUGUCUUCGGUUCUUCAGCACUCUCGGUCUCAUUUCAGGGCACUGGCGGGGCGCGAGAGCUUUGCUGGUUUCUUGAACGUUCCCCUCAUGAGCGACGCCCUAGUGAAGACAAUAGAAGUGAUGUUUGAAGCAGCGAGACCUCGUGUGCUUCAGCUACGGAACGACGAAGUCAAUGCCAAUAUCCAUUGGCUGGACGUUAUCAAGGAGAGUGAUUAUCAGGCCGAAUAUAAAGGAAAUGGGAUCUACCAUUUCCAUAUGCGGGACCGGGGCGCGAUUGUCCAGUUGUCUGCUUUCCAACACAACAUGAUCCUUUCAGGAUUACCCCGGAAGCUGGUUCAACCAUGGUCCUACGAAAAGGACGUACAGACGGAAUUAAACACCUUGGCGCUGGCAGCUGAAAUGACAUCACUAAUGAAUGAACUUGCAUCGGAAAUCAUCAAAGUCAAUAAUACCGUGCUUGAAGAAAUACUAAGAAGAGAUCGAAUUCUCCGCCGCAAUUCGGAGCCAAGUCAAAGAUCGAGGGGCUCGCCCUUCCCCCUGGAGUCAGCCGAAGGACCAGCGCAAUUUACGCAAGCGCAGGUUGACACAGAUUCUCUCAAUGGAAUGGCUAUCGAGACUCAAAGAACAGACAUGCAAGCCAGUGCUUCAAAACGCGGUGCUGGAACGCGGAACUUCGCCAAAAACAGGGCUUGGCCUGCAGAGGUGCUGAAGCAGCUUCCUCUAUGGUUCGAAGACCAAGUACGGCAAAAUCUGUCUCAGGAAGAGAUUGCCCAAAAGUUCAACGGAAAAUUCAAGCAAAAACGCACUUUCCAUGCUAUUGAGGCAAAAGUGUAUUUCUUGACAGGAAAAAGUCCUUUUAGGAAGCGCAAUAAGAAGACUUCGCGCAAAGAACCUGUGUCUUUGACACCUCGAUCCUCCCCACCGCUUCCUCAGCCCUUUGGAUCGGUGGACUUGACCCAAAAACUGAUCUCGAGUUUGAACAUCGAGGUCCACGCGUUACGUCUAGCCCCGAACCUGCUACCCUAUCUGAAUUCUGACGACUGCGAGGAUGCAAGCUUUUAUGCCAUUCAUGACGUUCAACCGGUUGACCCCGAAUCAGAAUCCAGCGACUCCCAUGCAGUAAUUGAACAGGAUACUGCGAAUCAAACGUCAAGCUGCCGGUACGCAUCUCAGGAGCAUGAAUUUCCGUCAGGUACAAGUCAAAAUGAACGGCCAGUCCGAGGAAGCCCUCGUGCUGAAGAAUCGCCCAAAGCCUAUCCAGCGUCCUCAGAUAUGGCUCGUGAAAGUCAGCCAAGCAAUGAUACUUCAAUCAAUAUCCUCGCUGCAAUACCAGGGACGGUUGAUUCUUACUUGCCGCGUGGCUCUCCCUUGGGAUCCCCUCGGAUAUCAGAACCUAUCCAAUAUCCUAUUCGGCACCACUCUGAAGGCGAUACCACACACGAAGAGAUGGGACAAACGCUUGUCCAUGGUACUGAGUCCAGUGCAAUGGACGUGGAUCAGACGGACACGGCGCAUUGCGACCAAUCACCAGAGAGACUCUCUCCGCAAUUUUCACCCCGUGAGAUUCCAUUGGAUAGAGGCACAGCAAAUGAGGGUUCCAAUAAUGAAAAACAUACAGAAAGUGGACUGGGCGCGUUGCCUGUUCCCAGGGCACCGACGCCCUUCCAAGUUCCUGAAGCAAGAUCUACUGGCAACGCGACUGAACUUCCUCAGAACAGCGGAAUGGAUGGGCUAACCGCCAAUAUCUCUGAAAGAGCUUUAAAGGAAUUGAUUAUAAGAUAUUUUCAUGAGAAAUCACAAGCACAGGCGGCGCGUUCCCAUCGCCCAUGGAACGAUAAGGACCUGAACCGUUUACCAGAUUGGCUCAUGAAACGGAAAAACCUACCAAAGGAAAGACUUGAAGUUGAGUUUCUGGGAGACUUUGGACACUAUCGAACUUCCUCUGCUAUUGUUACAGCUUGCCGCAAAAAAAGAAAGGCAGAUUCUCGCCAUAAGGAGGUAACCUCAGCCCCCACUCCAGCUCAACUAGCUCCGGUUGUCCCUCCCGUUCUAGAUACUAUGCGGGUACCACGAUGGCCCAACGCCAUCACUGGAUCCGACACUCCCAACUUGGAUCCAUCCCAUACCAUAACAGUACCGAGCAAUGAGAAUACACUCAGGCAUCCACCCUUGCAGCGACCUCGAUCGCGACAGCUUAAUCAGCUGCAGGUUCUGGACAACACAGAGAGACUUUCUCGCAACAGUCCUCCACCAUUGCAUGACGGUGAAGAAGCAGUGGAUCAAAAUCCACCAGCUGCUGUUGCCUCCGAAUGCGCUUCCGAACAGCUGGUGCUUUCAACUCCUUCGGAGAAUGUUGAAGAUACACCCACGUCGGGCAAUCGGCGCCAUCGAGUUGAGAUCACGCCAAAACCUCCGGCCAGAUUCACAGCAAUUAAUGGCGGUAACGUCCAUCCCACUAAUCCAAACGUAAGCGAAAUGAAUCUGCUUGUUCAGAUGGAGACCAGUGAGCGAGGCGCUCUACCUGAUAGGCAAGGAAGCCAGCAAGCUUCAAUGGAAAAGAUUGUCGAGCAGAGAAGAGAUGACCAAAAUACGUCACGGAAAGACGGGCCUCAGAGUAAGCUCUCCUCAUCUAAUGCAGAGUUCGCUAUAGUCACUUGGCCCUUUGAAGCGUAUCAGAUCUAUGUGUCACUGGGCCUUUUUCUUCCCCGUACUUCCUUUAUCUGUCCUUGCUUCCCACACUGA